GGUUUAUUUUUGAUAUAGACGUCAACUUCUCAUGACGGAAGUGAUAUCAAUAUUUUGUGUGUGAUUUCUUUCUAAAAUGGCGUUCACAGUUAUAUCAAAACUAUUGUUGGUAAGUUUACUAGGCGCCAGUGCUGUGUAUUCUGCCAGUACCACGCCUCAAGAUACUCCAACUUCUUCAAAACCAGCAUCUACUAGUAGUACUACUCCUGUUCCGAGUGCGACCUCUCCACCGAACCCUUCACCAACAACUCCAGUUAUUCCGACAACAUCACUGACGCCCGAAGAAGAAUGUGCACAGUACAAUGGAUCCUGUUCCGAUUGUGUUGGAGCACCAAAAGCGAGGUGUUUGUAUUGUAAUGCUGAUGAAGUGUGUAAACCAUAUCCAUUUAAAGAUGUAAUACCAAGUUCUUCUGUCUGUCCUUUAUCUAAAGCUAGAUGGACAGUGUGCUGGUUAAAUUUUGAAGCGAUGUUGAUAUCUGUUGGAGUUCUGGGUGGUAUAAUACUGUUGACUAUCACAUGUUGUUGUGUUUAUUGUUGCUGUUGUCGAGGUGGAAACAAAAAAAGAUAUGACAAGGAAGAUGCAAAAUGGGAACGACAGAAGAAAGACAGAAAAGAAAAAGCUGAAGAAAGAAAAAUGGAAAGAAAAGAUAGAUUAGAUGAAAUCAGAAGGAAAUAUGUCAAAGUUAUGAUCACGGAGGAUGAUAAAGGUCUGGUUAAAGAAGACAAUGCCUACGAAAGAUUUGAUGCCUAAAUGAAGAUUUCACCGAGCCGAACUUACAAAUUUUAUAAUUAAUACAUUUUCAUCGCCACCCCUUCACAUUGCACACUGUUCAUGAAACUGAAUAAAGAUUUAAAAAGUUGGCAGAAUUCAGAAUUUUAAAAAAAAGGAGUUACAGGGUCACAUUUAAUUGAUUGGUCCUAACUGUUUUAAGGUCUUAUCCCCACUCUUUCAAAAGAUGAGCCAAACAAAAAAAGACAUAAAUAUCAUUUGGAUGGAAAAUAUUUGUUCCCUUUUAGAAUCUGACUUUUGACCUUGGGACAUUAAAAUGAUGGUGCCCUGGAUAUUUGUAGUUAUUUAUGUUAUCAUAUAAAUACAAGUUCAGAACAAAAUAGAGUGCCUUAUAUACCAAUACUAAAGAGGACUUGAAUUAAGUUAUUGAUGUAGUAUAAAACUUCAUAUUGUUUGAAAUCAGACUUUUAACUAUGUAUCCAUUUAUUCUGGAUAUACUACACUGACAUGUGAAAUAUUUUCUUUGUAGAUGGUGUUCUGAUCAAAUGAACUUACUCUCCAAUUAAAUUACAGUACUGCGUUAUACAGUGAAUUAUGGGAAUUUUUAAACACUAUCAUACAAAUGAUGGUGUUGUUUUUAGGGUUAGAGUAUGAUAAUAAAUAUUCGUCAUGUUGCCAGAACAUCAUGGUAAUAUAUGAAAAUAGAUUAUAUUAAAAUGUAGUGUAAAAAUCAGAUAAAGAAUAAACGAAACAAAAUCGUAAUCUCAUUUAAUUACAUUGUAUGAAACUGUAAAUUGGUAUUAUUAUGAUCAAUACCCCAGAAUCUACUGUGUGUACUUAUAAUAUAUCAUGGUGAUAAAAAUUAGAUUAUAUCACUGUGUAGUAUAAACAUCAGAUAAACGAAAAAGUAAUUGUAAUCUUGUUUUAAUUAGAUAGUAUAAAACUUUAAAAUUGUUUGAUUAAUACCCAGAAUCUAUUGUGUGUAUGUACUACUCAUAAUAAAUCUUGGUUCAAGAAGAGUUAUAUUUAUCACUUGUCUACUCGUGUUACAAGUACCAAGAUAGUUUAUAUAAACUAAAAUAAGUAAGCUGAAAGGACCAGUCUCAUAUGUAUAUAACUUAAUAUAAAUCUGCAUGAAAGUCUCUUAAAAACCUAUAUUCUUGUAUUGCGCAGUUAUUCGAAGCUUUGUGGUACUUUUCAUGAAAUGCCACCAUAUGUAAGUACCUUGAUAACCUUGCCUAUAACAUGCCGAAGUCAUGGUAAAAUUACUAGUCUUUGAUAGAAUUAAACAAUAAAAUUGUAUAAAUUACUUAACUCCAAAAGGCUAAACAUUUGGAUUUGAAACUUUCAGGCAAGGUAAUUGGACUGUUUCUUUACUUCAGGGUGUUUCAUUCACAUACUUUCAUCAACAGAUACCCUGCAUAAUCUGGGAUUUCUCCUUUAAAGCAUUACAAAAAAGUAAUGACAUUAUGUAUUGAUAAUCAAAUUACAUAUUUUAAAUAGGGUAGUUUGUAUCUCAAUAGUUGAUUUAAAAAAUAUUUUUUAAAAUUCUACAUCAACGCUCAAAUGUUUACAUUUAUAAACAUUCGUCUAAUAUGAUUGUUUGAAAUGAUGAUUGAAAUAUUUUCAUGGAGUUUUUCAGUGAGUAGAAAAUGAAUAUUUUUCUAGCGAGUGCUUUCAGAGGUUUGUGUUGCGAUCAAAUGGAUCAAUAUGUGUAACCGGAUAAUUUUGUAUAUAAGCUUUAUGAUAGGUUGAUAUAUAUUUUUAAAUAUUACUAAUAAAUAGGCUUCUCAUAAUUAUUGGUGCAUUUUGGUUUAUUAACAUAAUCUGAAUUAUAUAUUUAAGAAAAUAUCAAAGUCUAUUUUAAAAUAUUUAUAUAAAAAUUUCACUUGAAGGUUGUUAGAAAUUGGUGCUUCUAUAUAUUUAGUAAAAAUAAUACAUUUCUCUAUAUUUCUGGUUAUGUAUUCAUAAUUACUCGUUAUAAAAUUAAUCAGUUUAAAGAAGUUAGAUGAUUGAGGUAUAUAAGACCCUCACUUUACACAUUUGUCAACAGGUCUAUUUUAAGGAAUUAAAUAAUACAAUGUCUUGAUACAGUAUGAAAGUAGAUUUCUUAUUGUUUUUAAACGGUCCAAGUGAUGAGUGGUUUAUAGUUUAUGCCAAUAGUUAACUAUAUACAUUCAUUUUAAACAAAUUUACUCAUUCCACACUUGCACAUUGAAAUAAUUUAUAAUUAAAUUUUUUUAUUUUUCCUACUGGAAAUAGUAAUCAUAUCUAAUAUCUUGACUAUAUAUACAUUUAUAUGCACUAUGUAAAAAAAAACUUGGUCACAGAAUGAUAUCUGGUAUCUAUCUAUUGUAACUUGUUUUUGUCUUUCUGUUGUUUGUGCCAUUGAUUGUAUAUUUUUGUUAGUAGAAGAUAUGUAUAUUCUUUAUUAAUAACACUUAAGCCCACAUCAGUUUGAAUUUUUGUUCUUUGGAAAUGCCUGUUAACAUUUUACUUACUAUUUCUUGGUGAGGAAAAAUAAUUUAAAAGUAAAAAAUACUUAGUUGCUCUACUCAAAGGCUUUUAGGUCAAAUUUUUCAGUUUUGAAAUUCCAAACAAAACGUCAUUCAUGUGACUCGAGUGACUGAUUAUUUAUCCAGGUCCUGAAGAAGUAAAAAUGAAAUUGAUUUGGCCGUAGUGUUGUAUUUUUAUAUCUACAAAUUUAUUAUGUAUCAUAGAAAGUUUUGGUCUAAUUGGAAUUAAUGCUUGAUUUUGUUCUGUUUUAUUUUUCGGAUGGUUAUUCCACUUAAUCUUUAUGGACAUUUGAUUGACGGUCCAAUCAAGCUCAGAUGUACAAUUAUGCUUUCAUCACAGGCUUUUCUUGCUGGAUCAAGCUUAUUUUGUGGCUUACUCUAGAAUGUUUCUUAGGAAACACUUGUCUAUGAUAACACCCUUGGUGGAAGUGGACGUGAAACUCCAGAAACGAACGAGACUUUUCUUUAACAUGUCUUUUAGAUGUAAGUUGAGUAACAAACCAAAUAACAUAAUGACAAUAACAUCUGAUUUUAAUUUAAUUGAUGAAUUUUCCUCUUAUCAAAGGUGGCCACUUUCAAUUUCUGUCAAAAUAGAACUUUUUUUAUUUAGACAAGGCUAGAUCAAUAUGAUUAAAAAUCUUGCUGUUUUUUUGAUAUUGUGUUUUUGCUUGAUGUGCUGCCAAAGUCAGAAUUUUCACAACAUUGCAAAGACAUAAAUUGUUUGAAGGGAGAUAAUUAAAUUGACACCUGUUUCAUUGUUCACCCAAAUCUGGUUGUGUCCUAUCUGUCAACAAGAUCAAAUAUUUUUCAAGGUUAGAUUUACAUGUUUUAAGUGCUUUAUUGUGUACUUCUUCAUUCUGUUUGGUAUUUCCAAUGAUAAAAUACAAAACAAAAAUGUCAGGUAACUGUGUGGACUUCUGAAAAGAAAAGUGGUAUCGGCUAUCAGGUGUUCUAGAAAGAGAGAAUAGUUUGCCCCGUACAUGACAGCUGCUUUUAUCUAUAGUUUGGAUGAAUAUAUUCAUUCAAUAUCAUAAUUGUAAUUGCUAUUUCCAGACUGAAAAUAAAUGAAAUGAAAUGAAAUGGGGUUUAACAUCCUACUGACUUAUGAUCACAAACACAUGUAGAUCCCAAUUUCAGAUAAUUUGUAUCUUUAUUGGCCAGAGGAACUGGUCUCGAAAUUUCUGUUCUCAAUUGAUAAUUCAUCGUUCUUUCUUAUUUUAUUCAGUUGAGCGUUCAAUUUCGUGAUUAAUGAAAUUUAUAUAUAUAUGGGAGGUAACUCUCAUGAUGUAUUUGCUUGGCACAUGAUGGUACAGUUGUACAACUAUUUUUUUAGACAUAUAGGAGUUUAACCAGCACUGAGCCAAAUAUCAACAUUUUGGAAUCAAUUAUUUAAAAACAAAAUACAGAACUGUUAUUCUGUAUUAAACAAUAAGACAGUUGUCAUAAAAUAUUGAUAAAUAUAUACCGAUAAGUAUGGGUUUAAAUACCUUGUUACUAGGCAUUAACAUCAUGUGACAGUAACACAGCACUGAGAAAGUUGUCCAACCAUUGUGACUGUUCAGAUCAUGCAAGAUUGUUCUUUUCUUUGCUAAUUUAUGAUAUUUAUGUAUAUUAAGCAUAGUUGUUAUGUUUUGCUUUCAAUUUUAUGUUGAUUUUACUUUUUAUCAAAAAAUAACAAAUGAUAAAUAAUUUUUGUGUUUUGAUUGUAUGUUAUAUAUAUUUACAUAUCUAUAUUUUUCUGUAGAUAAAUAAAUUUUGUAAAACUUUA